AACAGCUCCAAGUUCACUGCCUGCGGCUCCUGGACACCUGUUACCAUGUGGUUCCUGAUCCUGUUCCUUGCCCUGUCCCUAGGAGGGAUUGAUUCUGCACCUCCUGUCCAGUCUCGAAUAGUUGGAGGAUUUAAAUGUGAGAAGAAUUCCCAACCCUGGCAUGUGGCUGUGUUCCGCUACAACAAAUAUAUAUGUGGGGGAGUCCUGUUGGACCCCAACUGGGUUCUCACAGCUGCCCACUGCUAUGGCAAUGCCACCAGCCAGCAUAAUGUUUGGCUGGGCAAAAAGAAGCUAUUCCAACGUGAACCCUCUGCUCAGCACCGAUUGGUCAGUAAAAGCUUCCCCCACCCUGACUACAACAUGACCCACCUGAAUGACCACAUCCCACAUACUGAGGACAGGAGCAAUGACCUGAUGUUGCUCCGUCUCAGCGAGCCAGCUGACAUCACAGAUGCUGUGAAGCCCAUUGCCCUGCCCACUGAGGAGCCCAAGCUGGGGAGCACAUGCCUAGCCUCAGGCUGGGGCAGCAUUACACCCACGAAAUAUCAAAUCCCAAAUGAUCUUCAGUGUGUGUUCAUCAAGCUCCUGCCCAAUGAGAAAUGUGCCAAAGCCUACGUACAUAAAGUCACAGAUGUCAUGCUGUGUGCAGGAGAGAUGGGUGGAGGCAAAGGCACUUGCAAGGGUGACUCAGGAGGCCCACUGAUCUGUGAUGGUGAUCUCCACGGUAUCACAUCAUGGGGCUCUAUCCCAUGCGCUAAACCCAUUGCGCCAGGCGUCUUCACAAAACUUAUUAAGUUUACCUCCUGGAUAAAAGACACUAUGGCAAAAAACCCCUGAGUGUCACAUUAUCUGCUGUUUUCAAUAAAAUACACCAUGCAACAAA